AUGGUGGUAGCUCUCUCCACCAUUUAUGACAGUAUCUUUCUCCCAUUUACCACAUACGGAUGCGGUACUUGGGGAGGCGCAGUAAAUAAAGUACAUACAAAGAGAAAGUUAAUAUCCUCUCAAAGACGUGCACUCCUUUUAUUGACAAAAGCCUUCCGUACUGCAAGUAACAAUAGUCUCCAAGGAGAUUCAAUCCAAGCAGGAUCAAUAAUAACAACACCCGAUGAAUGUGAACAACCUUAUCCUUUUUGUAACACUGUAUCCCCAGAUAUUCUCAAUUCGAAUAUACUUGACCACUAUUCAAAUUCGGAUAUCACUAUAUUUACAGAUGGUUCUAAAAUUGAUGGUAAAGUAGGAAGUAGCUUUGUGGUUUUCGACAAACAAUUAGAGAUACACAAUCAAGCUUAUCGUCUCCAUACAAACUGUACUGUUUUCCAAUCAGAACUUUUGACGAUUCAAAAGGCCAUUGAUUGGGUUAGUGAUAAUUUACCACAUUAUGAUAUUCAAAUCUACACAGAUUCACUCUCUACCCUUAACAUUAUCCGUAACACUAAGCUCCAUCCUUUGGCAGUGGAAAUAAGAAAUUCAAUCAGAAACUCAACAUGUAAUAUCAGUAUUUCUUGGGUUAAAUACUGA